AUGGAGGCAUUGACAUCACCACCGAGGAUGUUAGCGAGACGCCCAUUCCUCAGCUGCAUUCCCAGAUCACGCUGGGCAAUGCCCUCGGAAAGCAGCAGAGAGCCCGAUGCUUCCUGGCCAGCAGAGCAGGAGGACUCCUCCUCUAGCACCGCGGCGGUCGACAGCGACGAGGAAGCAGAGGAACACGAGGAGGAAAUGCAAGAGAUUGUUCGGCCGCGCAUCACGCACGAGAGCGAGCCAAGGGUGCGGUUCACGCAGAAGUUCAAAAAGUCCCGGAUCCGGUGGUCUGACGAUGGUCGGCGGGUCUACGUCGACGAGGAUGGAAUCGAGUUCAAGCCUUACACAGGACUCAACGCAGGAAGUUCAGCGCGCAGAGACGGGACCCCGAAGGUGAGGCCCAAAGCGCUGGAGGUUGAAAUCUCGGAGGAGAAUGUCGACCAAGAAGAGAUCAUCUUCGGCAAGCGGCUUCAGUUCGGUUCUUUGGGCAUCACCUCGAAGCCGCUCUUGAAUGCUUUGACAAGCCUGGGCUACGUGUAUUCCACCUGCGUUCAGGCCGCUGCCAUCCCGUCCGUCCUCUCUGAAGACCGCCGCGCCGUCAUCAUUAGCUCGGAGACUGGCUCAGGGAAGACCCUGGCCUACCUGGUGCCGGCGUUUGAGCUAAUCCUCUCGCUGCCACCCCGUCAGAGUGAUGAUCGUCAUCCCACUGUUCUCGUCCUGGUGCCCAGCCUGGAGUUGGGAGUCCAG